UGCAUACCUACAAAGUCCAAACAGAGUUUUGACAAGGACUCCCCCUUUCCUUGUUUUCCGGCCUCUCUCUUAUCCCUCACUCCUAAAAACCUCUCUUAACAUCAUCCAUACAACGCACACACAAAGCAAAAAAAUAUUCACAACACACUUUCCAUCUCUCAAACACUUCAUCAUCAAAUCUUGUCACUCUUUUAAGACAAACCAACCAAAAACCGUUAUGGAAACACAAACACAACAACAUCAAAAGUGCAUAGAAAAACAAAAAAUUCAUGAAGUAGAAAAAAACAAUCAUUCAAUCCAAUUAGAACAAUCUCAAACAACAUCACCAAAACAUCCUUCUUCUUCAUCUUCUACCUCUUCACCUACUCAUGAAUUCUCUUUUACUAUCUCUCUCCAUUCUAAUUCCAAACCAUCACCUUCUUCUUCUCUUGCACUUGAUUUAUCACCAGCUGAUGACAUUUUCUUUCAUGGUCAUUUACUACCACUUCAUCUCCUCUCUCACUUUCCUUCCUCGCCGCGCUUUUCAACUAAUUCAAAUGAUAGUUUCACCCUUCCUAUCAGAGACUUAGAAAAUGAAAAGAUUAGAAGAGACGCCGGAAGUUGCAACACUAGCAACAGGGAAAACAUCUACAAUAACAAUAGUAGAGGAAUUAUUACAAAGGAAGAAAAUAGGUCGAAUUCGCAUGGCGCAAAAGCUAGUAGUUUCUCAUUGUUUGGAUUAACAAAAGGAAAUCAUAAUAAAGAGAAUUCGAAGCCGCAGAAUAAGAAGAAAGUUGUUGGAUAUGAUGUUAUACAAGCAUUAAAAAAGUACUUUUUUAGAGGUAAAAGAGAAAAGAAUCAAUUUCAUGGAGAAGCUUAUUCACGUUCAGGUAAUUUAAUGAGAAAAAAUAAGCCAGAAUUAAGAGGAAGUAGAGGAGAAUAUUCAGCACCAGCUUCAAUGAGAACUUCUCCAACAAAUAGUGGAUUAUUGCUUGCAAAAAGUGGUGCUCUUUCUGCUUCUUCUUCUCAUGGUAAUGAUAGUACCAUGGAAGAAUUACAUGCAGCUAUUCAAGCUGCAAUUGCUCACUGCAAAAAUUCUAUUGCAAAAGAAGAUAAGCUUAAUUAAUUGCUUCCUCAUAGACACAUCAUAGAUGCUUUUUUUUUUUUUUUACCUAGUUGUAUUGUAGUUUUUACAUUUUAUGUUUUUGUAAUGUUAAAUCUAUAUCUACAAAUUUACCUCAGGUUAUUUAGGCAAAAAUAAAUAAAAAUUUACCUCAGGUUACACUUAAAUACCAAUAAUAUUCCAAUA